AUGGUUAAGGAAGGCCAGCUGAACACGAUAUGGGGGAUACCUGCCGCCCCCGCAUGGAGUACAUUCGUUGUCAAGCUGAUUCACAGAGUUAUCUGCCAAUCCCCACAGUAUGGUGCCAUUCCAACUGGUACAGGUGACAGGGGCCAGUCCCUGCAACGUCCACCUAGCCCCAUAGCAGUCAGCACCGAUUCCAGCACCAUCAUUGUCACCGAUGGGCUCGCACGGGUGACUUGCGGCCGGGAAAGACAGAUUGAGGAGCAGCCGGCAGUGGCCGAGUUGAGUGCAGAGGGCGUUAUGAGGCUGGUGAAGAAGCAGAUGCUGUGGAUCCCCUUUCCUGGCCAUUUUUGGCUCAAGAUGUUGAACCCUAACUUGGAUCCUGGCCAGGAGUCAGAUGUUUCUCCUGCGGAUGAUGAACAAGACGGUGCUGAUCAAACACCAACAAAGAAGAAGAAAAAGAUCGUGAAGAUGUCCCUGGCCUCCUCUCAGCAUGCCCAUCCUGAGGCAGCAGACCAUGGUGUGGUCCAGACCAACUCGGAUAUGGUGAAGCAGCCCCUUACACUAGCCCCCACCUCAGUAUGGUCAGGAGCUAGGAAGAGCUAUGCCUAUGCCUACCACGGCUCUUCCAAUGAUGAUGAGGGAGAGGACUCCCAGGGAGAAGACUUUAUGAUGGGUGUAGACUCCGGUAUAAUCUCUUCCCUCCCUCACUGUCCAGCUUUCUAA